AUGAAUAGGAAGCAAGUAAAUUAUUCUCCGGGAAUGAGCUUAUAAUAUAGCUAGCAUCCACUUACUUAAAGUGCACUAGCUAACAACAAUACAUUAGGAUUAAACAACCGAUAAUAGCCUCUAGUUAAUUUGAAUUCGCCUAUGCAACCAUAUCCUAUUAACUACCAUAAUAAGACCAUAUAGUAAAAACAGCAAUUGAUGCAAAAUUAAUAGCAACUUUUGAAUUUUGGAGGUAGAAACUAUAAAAUUGGCAACGCAGAAUUUGAUUUUUAAGCAGAUUAAAAGUAUAAAAAUAAAUCAAAAACUUCAUUAGAUUAAUAUCAAAACCAAGCAUUAACUCCAAAGUAGAUCAGUUUGUUAGAUAAGAUUGAGAAUAUCAAAAAUAGAAAAGGAGGAUACACUGAUGAAAAGACAUAAAAAUUCCCUCCUUUAUCUCAGCUUCAGUUUCCAAAUUUACAUUCUUAUGUAGAAGAAAAACCAAUGUCUGAAGGAAAUAAACCUAGCGUAGCAAAUGGAUUAAAUCCAAGUUUUAAUCAAAAGAACGGAAUGGUAAACACAUUCAAUUCAUAUCGUAAAGAAAAUGACAACCUUUCAAUAAGGAAUCCUUACAUUUAAAAUAACCCCUACAACAAAGCUCCUAUUGACUCAUACAACAAAGGUGGAAAUAUUAGUACCAUUUAAAAGUUACCGAAGUUAGACAACACACCUAAUAAUAUUAAUAAUAAUGGCAAUAAUUAGUACUAGAAUUAACACCCUAUGGCGCAUGAUGAGAAUACAGUAGAUAAGAGAAAAAAGUUCACUUCAUAUGAUAUUAAUGUCCAUAAUUCUUAACUCUUAAAUAAAAUGAUGGAAAAUAAUACAUCAAACCCACAAACAACAAGCAACCAAAAUCAUAAUUCUUCUAUCAAUUUGAUGAGUACGAAUAAUCAAAAUAUUUUGAAACCUUACUAAAAUACCCUCUCACCAAUUAAGAAAUAUGGCAUAACUCCAUCCAGAUACACCCCAGAUAAAUAGAAUUUGGGAGGAACUAAUAACUUUAAUAGUCAACCUAGCUAAUUUAAAGAAGAAGCAAAUGUUACAUCAAAUUAAAUGUUUAGAUACUCUAUGAAAACCAAAGCUGGAUGUACUAUUAAUAAGGUGACAAAAACAAAUUAGGAUUCUGCUAUUGUUAAUCCAAAAUUACUUUCUGAUAUAAACAUUUAUUAAUUUGCUGUUGGAGAUGGACAUGGUUUGAAUGGUCAUUUAGUUUCUCAGUUAAUAAAGAAAAACUUACCUAAAAAUGUUCACAAAUUUUUAAAACCUGAGGAUUAUUCUCCUGAUAACAUUAAAAAUGCCAUCAGCAGAGGUUUUUAUACGACUAAUCAUGAGAUAUUUGCAGCAGAUUUUGACUGUAAUUUAAGUGGGUCAACUUUGAUAUCAGUAUUUAUUCAUGAAAAUAAGCUAUAUUGUGCUAAUGUUGGAGAUUCAAGAGCAGUGAUUGGAAAGCAAAAAGCAAAUACUGCAGGAUAUAAGGCCCAUCCACUUUCAACAGAUCAUAAACCAAGUCUAGAAAGAGAAAGAUUAAGAAUCAUAAAAAAUGGAGGAAGAGUUGAUUGUUAAAGAGAUUUCACUGGAUAACCAUUAGGGCCUUUAAGAGUUUGGUUAUAAAAUAUGGAUCUUCCUGGAUUAGCAAUGACAAGAAGUAUGGGUGAUAAAGUUGGUGUGUAAGCAGGUGUUAUUGCAGAGCCAGAAAUUGAAGAAAUGGAAAUUACAGAAGAAGAUAAAUUUAUGAUUGUAGCCUCAGAUGGUGUUUGGGAAUAUCUAUCUGACUAGGAGGUUAUCAAGUUUGUUGGACAAUUCUAUGAAAGAGGCUUAGUAGAAUAGGCUGCAGAGAGGUUAAUAACAGAGUCUACUAAUGCAUGGAAGAGAGAAAGUUUAGUCAGAGAUGAUAUCACAUGCAUAGUUGUUUUCUUCAAUCAUAAAAAAUUCUGA